AUGAAUCGUUGGCAAUUAGCGGUCGCUCUGGUGUUUUUCCUUGCAGCUUACGCUUUUGCGCAGACGGACGACGAGCUGCUCCAAAUACGACGAAAUUUGGCGCAAAGUUGUAAGAGGAGGGGAGGUGCCUCCGAUGGGGACGUUGAGGUUUUGAUAACGGCGGUUGAGCCCGUAACGAGGGUCCAGAAAUGUUUGCAGUCGUGUGUUCAGCAACAGCAUGGCGUUUUGGAUGGGAGGCGAUUUCUGAAGGAAGGCUAUCUGGCACUUAUGAGGGUGGUCGUUGGAACGGACCAGCUGAGACAGCGCAUCGUCGAGGAAGCUGCAGAUGAAUGCAUCGGGGUUGAGAACGAGAAUCGCUGCCAGUUGGCGAUCGAUAUCAUGACCUGCGUGAAACAGGCACUGCAGAAGACAGGGUUACGGUCGAAGGAAUAA